AUGGUUGCCACCACGUUCCUCCUCUUGCUUGUGCAAGGCCUCCUCCAGUACCCGCAGCAGGCUGGCGAUGGGCUGGAUGAGGCCGUGCUGGGGUGCAUGGAGCAGCGUGCUGAAUGGUUUGGACUCAAAAAAAUUAGAUGCAAUCCAGAUAACAGUGGACAGGAGAGCUCCAACAGCAACUUGGUGGAGGAGAAAGAAGGCAACAAUGUUGUGGCAAGGAAAGAAGUAGGAAGAAACAAUGGAAAUGUGGAAGAAGACUAUCACCAGAAAGUUAAAAGUAACCUUGGAAGCGUUUCAGAUGAACUCAUUGUAUUUCCUGUUGAGAACCUGGACAAAGGUUGCUCAAUGAUAAUUGACCCGGUGGACAAACUCACGGAGAUCUUCUGCCAAGGCUUAUCAGACAGUUUCUACCUAGUGCCACAAGAAGCCAUUGGAGUGGGCAGUGUCUUUGAAGGUUGGGGUCCCCGUGCAUGCGAUGCUGUGUACUGUGUGCUUGUACCCCUGAGUCCCCCUCCAGGACAUGCCUUCCACCUGGAGCUGGACACUGCGGGGAUGGCCCAGAGGAGCUUCUGUGUCCGUGUGGAGCUGCUGUGCACUUGCAUGAGGAAGCAGUUGGGGAAGGACAUGUUAUGUUUCCUCCACCACCCUGAGGAGGAGCUGAGAAGGAAACAGGAGUCCUGCCUCCUGCACACCCUCUGCACUGGCUCCUACCUAGAUGUGGAGAAAACUGUCCAGUGGUUCUGUCGCUUUGUGAGAGUAGCCUGGCUGUUUUUGCCUGAGUCCUGCCACUGGCAUUUAAUGUUGCAGCCCUCCAGCCGGUCCUGUAAAUUUCAGCUAAGCAAGGACAAGGAAAGCUGCAUGGCUGAGAUGGUCUUUGGAGUGCGGCAAGGAAACUCAGACAUCUUUGUGGGUAGCCAGCCAUCACAAGUAGGCAUGGCAAGCACAGUGUGGCUGGAGACUUAUGCCAUGGCAGAGGCAAAAUUCUUCAGGCACAUUUCCAGGCAGGCCCCCCUGAACAGCUGGCACUGCAAGAACCUGCAGCUCCUUGCCGCAGCCAAAACAGGUGUAGCUUUUUACAGCUAUGCCCUGAAGACUGUGGUGAUGCACCUCCUGAGCACUGUGCCCCUGAUCCAGUGGCGCAGGAAGGAUUUAGGGUGGUGGCUGAUGGAUACCUUGAAGUACCUCCACUGCUCGUUGAAGACAAAACAAUUGGACCACUUUGUCAUAGGCAAUGAGAGGUUUCCUAUGGAGAUCAGUUUGCCCUCUGACUUGCGGCUGGCUGAACCACUGAACCUCUUUCGGCACCUGGCCAGCAAUCCCAAUGCCCAUGUGAAGGCCACGCAGGAGUACAUUCACCUGCUGCAUCGGCUGAAAAAACUGCUCAUCCACGGCCCUUGA